AUGAAUCCAUGUGUGCAGGAGUUCACCUGUGCUAUCUGCAUCUCAUCACCUCUGGUGGAUCCAGUGACCACUCCCUGUGGCCAUUCUUUUGACAAGGCUUGCUAUGAGUCCUAUCUGCACUCCUCGGCACUCCGGUCCGGACGACGAGAAUGUCCUCUUUGCAAGAAGCCUGUGUCUACCAAAUGUCCUGAGGUUUCCGUUCUCCUUCGAGAUGCAAUUGCCCGCCUUUUCCCGGAAGGGCGGCGCAGAUGUGAAGGUGAGAUGUUUGAGGAGCUCGAGGCCGGCGUGGUUCGAAGCGAAACCUUCGAUUUCUUGUUGACACGGCUCAGAGCUGCCGGCCAAUGCGAAGACACAGGCUCGCUGUUGCAGCUCCUCUCGCUCUUUAUCACUGCCAUGACCCGGGAGCCGUCGGAGCUGGCGACGAGAGGGAGGGUCACGGAAGUGAGCAUCCAGCGGGCCUUCCAGGAGCUGUCCAAGACACUGCUAGAACUCCUGUCCCAAGAGCCAGCCGACAACGCUGGUUAUGGCACCCUCCUUGAGGUUUUGCAACAGGUUCCUCGGCUAUGUGUGGUUGCGUGCUGA